AUGGAUUUCAACGCCAAAUCCGACUUGGAGGGCGCCGAUCCUAGGUGCAGACUCUGCUCCUGGUUCCGUACAAGAGUUCGUGGCGGCUGGUUCUGCAACAGGUGCGAAGCCCCCUUUCAGCAUCGUUCACUGGUUAUCGAGGAUACUUCGGCAGACAGGAGUGUUACAUCCACAAACACCAUGUCUGGAGAUGAAAACUCCAGCAUGCAAGAAAUGGACGUUGAGGUAUCCACUGGUUCCCACUCCAUAAACGCGGGGGACGAGGAUGGUAUUCCAAGCCAGCAUUACCUGAAUGGCGACGGGGGUAGCCAGACUCAAGACAACGAGGGCUCUAUGUCUCUGGUCUCGCAUAUCGUUGCUUCCCGGGACAGUAGCAACAUGGUUGACGAUUCGGAUUUCGAGAGAAUCGCCCUCUGCUCGGAGGGAGCUGGCUCCAAAGAAAGCCCGGAAGUAAUGGGCCAGGAUGAAAUUGACGAGGAGACCACCCAAGGAGCGACACAGCUGUGGGUGCUCGGUCAAACCCCAGUAGGAAUGGGUCAGAGGUCGAACGAAUUUCAAAACGCCUUGGGCCUGCUCGACAGAUACAACAUGAUCCCUCGUACCCACUUGGAUAACCCCGUGGCAGAAUUGGAGCUCGACUUCUCAGAUGAAAUGGAUAUCGAUAAGUAA